AUGCGUUUUAGCGCCACUCGAUUCACUGCUGGGCGUUUCAUCGCCACGCUGUGGAUCGUCGUCGUCGUUGGCGGUGGUUCGUCGUUGGGUGUCGGGAGUGCGGAAGUGUUGUUCCUGGGCCAGAGCGACGGCGGGGAAACGGUAACGAUUGUUGCGGGAGAUGGAGCCGGGAACGGGUCUGCACUGGCUGGGAACUCGACUGGGUUCCGACACCGCGGCAUGGGUUUCAUUUAUUCCCUGACGACGACCUUUCUCGAGGUCAUCUUGCCGGGUCCCCGGUUCUUGCCCCAGUUCGUGGGCGACGUUUUGGUGGCGCACUCGGCAUCUAGUCUGUCGCUAGCUUGCGGCAAAUGCGGCAAACGAGCCUACGAUAUUGAGGAGUUUGAGGAGAAGGGGGAUGCGUGCAAACGCGGCUUUCUCAAUCUGCUGCUUCUCGUGGUCAUCGUUUUCCUGGCGUUUGGAGCUGUGGUCGUUCUCGUGAAUGCCCAAUUUGUGAAGGAAGGCUGCGACGAACUGCCGCCGAAAAUGCGAGAUUUUGUAGACGGGAUCAACACGUACAUGAACAGGAGUGCUCGAGAAGCCCGAGUUCUCAUGAUUGACAACUACAAAGAUGUUCAAGACAGACUCUUUUCUGAUCUCGAUCGCACUGGGUUGAUUGUGAGAGACUACAUUGUCAACGUUUCGGGAGCGUACGCUGUGGAUGAGUUGGCAGAGAUUGCGGACGUUAUUCCGAAAAUUGGCACGGAGUUGGAGAAUCUGCAGAGGAUGCAAAGAGACGCUCAGACGAAACUCAGGGUUUUAUCGACGGGUCUGAAAGAAUUGCAAAGAACGAUGGAGGAUUUGAGGCGGUGUCCGGAAAAAAUUUGCGACUCGCUUCUCGCUCAGUAUCCGUUGGAAGAUUUGCUGGUUACCGACGAUCUUUUAGAUCUACCAGAUUUAACCGGAAUAAUAGGAUCAGUGGAAGAAUUGGUUGAUGAAGGAAUACUUCCGUUGGGGGUUUAUGUGACGAUCGGGAUGGCGGGUGUUGUCAUGCUCAUCACUUGCAUUUUGCUCAUGGGACUCAUAUUUGGACUCUUCGGGACCCCGGUGCAUCACUAUUACGGAGAGGCUCAUUGUUCGCGACGAACUGGUGCCCAUUGCUACAUUUUCGCCGUUUAUGCCAUGAUGUUGGUGCCGAUGGUCGUCAUGCUGGUGGCGACGAUCUUCUUCGCCUUCGGUGCUGUGUCAAGCCGCAUGGUUUGCACGACGCUGACGGAGUUUCCCGACAACUCUAUUACCGAGGCUCUCAAUCAGAUCACAAUUGCCAAAACCGUUGGCAGUCGGACGGUUGAAGUUCAUCUGGUCGACCUCAUGAAACAUUGCCAUAGGAAUCAAAGUAUGAACGAUGUGUUCAAUUGGGGAGGAUUGUGGAACAUGGAUAACUUGACCAGCCUACCUGUGAAGAAUCAAGUGGACAAAAAUAUCUUAGAUUUUAUCAGCAAAAUCGAACUGCCGAGACAACCAUUGCGACUCAUCAACGAAACAGCCAAGUCGCAGUUGGCGAGCGUGGACAAGAAAGACAGCAGGGCGGCUGCGGCGGCGAGCUACGCCCAGCGUUUGAACGCGAGUAGUUCGAAUCAGCACCAGGCCAGCACGUCCAACGGACCCGGGUAUUCCGCCGUUGCCGGUUCGCGCCUCUCCUCCGCACCCCCGGCCACCAACGACGAAUGGCUGGACUUCCCGAACGGCGGCCCACCUCAGUACUCGAGCAAUGAUCCACGCCUGGGCCCCGAAUACGAUCGUCCUCCACCGUAUUACUACCCGGGACCCAAGUAAAAUCCCGCUCACCGAGCACAUCACCAACAUAGUCAACCACUGUCCUGGUGACCCGACCAUCACUACCACCACCAUCACUACUACCACUAGCCGGCCUAGAGGUCCACUUCACCGUUGUCCAUGUGGAAGUAAACAAUCCCAUGUUUUUCUUUUUUUUUUAUCUUUUUCGUGACGUUGCAAGUAGACCGAAGAGGAUCCAAAAAUUGCAAGUACCACCUGAUGAUUGUACCGUAUUUCGCGAACAGCGGUGUGUAACUUGUUCGAUUUCUUCAGGAUCAGCGGAAAUAGUUUUUCUUUUUCCAUUUGAAAAUACUGUAACUUGCGUCUGUGACAUUCCGAGAGUAAUUUUAGUCGAGCCCAUGCGCAGAAAUGUUUUUUCGUGGAUAAUGAGGAAGUUGUUUCUUCGUACGUACGCCAUUUUAAAAAUCGUGAGUGAUCGACGUUCUCUUACUAAAAUUCAGUCUUGACAUCGGUCGCGAGAUGUUAUUUUCUCGCGAUUUGAUGCAUCAAGGUUAUUCCCCGAAAAUAGCCUUUAGUUUUUGAACGAUUGCGAAUGCAUUCUCUGAAUUUAAAAUACUUUGAUGGUACAAUGAACUGUAUAAGUUCAAUAGUUUCAGCGGAAGACAGCAUUCAAGUACAGUGCAUUAUUUUCGGAGUAUUGAAAAAUAAAUAUUGGAUAUACAGUACAAUUUUUGUGCGUCGCCUGGAAUAAAAACAAAGAUUUGUUUCUUUUGCGAAAUGCCUUUUGCAGCAAUUUUUACUUGAUGACUCGUCUUCUGUCGAUGUUUCGGAAAAUUGUAUCUUCCUUUGUACGCCUUUGUUCACCCAUUGAACGAUUUGUGGAUUUUCGCUGCUUAUUGUGUACGGUGGUUCGAGUCGUAUUGUUCUUUUUUUUGUCGGAUCCGUAAUAUUUAUGAAGCAAUGGGGAAAUUACCAGUCGGUGUCGUGUAAUUUAUGAGUACAUAAAUCACUGCCGUCUUUUUUACUGGCAGAGAAUUUUUUGUGGAGAGUUAGAGUUGACUUUUGCAUGAAGACUAACGUGCUCAUGUUAUCAAAAAGGAGCGGUGGGGCUUUGUGUCAUGAAGUUUCCUUCUUUUUUUUUU